AACAUGCUGUUCCACUGAGUAGCGCAUUCUUGGAUGACUGACAGCUGUGGUAAGCCCAGGCACAGAAAAGAUAUUACAACCAGUAGUUAGACUUCAUACUAGAGGUCGAAACGCGAGCUAUACCUACGCUCCUUGAACAUGGGGUGAUCGUAGGGUGAAGACAGUCGCGACUGUGCCGCGGUGACGAACGAACGCACGGUGUAUUAACAGAGUAAAGUGUAUUAAUAGUAUUAGAUUUUUUUAAUUAUGACCAGUAGGAAAUACUGUGCCGUUUUUGGAUGCAUGAAUUCAAAAUUAUCCCAUCCAGAGAUAACUUUUUUUAAGUUACCUGGAAACUCUGAAAGGUUAACUUUAAAAUAAAUUUACUUAUUAGUAGUGUGGAGGUAAUACCUAGAUGGCAUCACCGAAAUAAAUAUGUUUAAGAAUACGACCAAUCCUUCAAGAUCAUUGACGUAGUAUCAGCCUUAAUUACAUCAACCAAUCAAAAAACACGCAUUUUUAUUUAUCACUUCCCAUUUUACUACAAUUUACAAAGUAUUUUAUUUGUUUAUAUAAAAAAAGUUUAUUUACAAUCACAAAACUAAGUGGAAACACAAAGUUAGCAAAUGUAAUUAAAUUGCUGCAUGCGGGCAGCCCUAUGACAUGUUUACGUACCGCGCGGCUGUAGGUAUUUAUUUCAAAAAUACGGCCGAGUUAUUAUACUGGUUGUAAUAUCUUUACUGUGGCCCAGGCGUUCUUGAAAGUCUCUCAAUUAUUUUUGUCCAGAUAAAAAAUGAUUGAAAUGCGUUGCAAUCUGUUUACAUUUAUCCAACAGCAGCAACAGCAGUUGAAACAUAUUCAUUACCCGCCAAUGCAGAACGUAUACACAAUUGUAAUUAAUGUUGUUGUGGGUUUUCUUAUAAUAAAAAUCCUUUUAUUUCUUAUUAACUUUUGUGCACAGCGCAAACCGUCGGGCAAGAGAGAGCGAUGCUUGUCAUUGUUAAUGGUGACACAAUGGCAGUUGACAAUGUCAGCUGUCAUUGUGUUCCGAUUCACUCUAUUACAGAUGUAAUGUGCAAUCUAUGUAUAUCGUCAUUUUGGCAGCAGCAUCGAUUAUGGCAGCUAACUGUCGUCUAAUAACAACAAAGUCUCUUAAAUUACUAGCUGUGGACUUAGUAGAAGACCCACGCAUCAUUUCCUGUAUCUAUUUCUUUUAUUCGCUUCAAAAGAAUUAUUUCCACAGACCAAAACCUACUCGUUUAAGGUUGCCACAAAUGCCACAAGGGAUGCGUAAAUGCAUUUUCAACCUGCGAAUUCUAAUUAAAAAAAAAUACCGUAGGGAGGGCCACUUCGAUCCCCGCGCAGUUGCAACUCCCCCGCUGCCCGCGACAGACAUGAAUAAGUCACCGGACAGUACCGUAAGAACAGCCUUACCGCCGCGCACCCCCGCUGAGUUCCUAGCGCCGUACCAAAGUACGAGCGCAAUGCAAAUCCGCCAGCUCAAGCCUAUUACCGGCAUGGUGGGUUCGCAAAAGGAUACGCCAGCCCCCCAGCCCAAGCACCGCGACGCCCUUUCAUCGCACGCGCAGCCUGCGGCGAGAACAGGCGCAGUUCAUGCCCACCCACCAACGCCCACAACUAGCAUGGUGGGCCUACUACAAGAAGAUAAAAUAAGCACCGAGCUACGUACGCCCGCCGCUCGGCCAGCGCACCGCGACGCCCUCCCGCUGCACGCGCAGCCCGCCGCGAGCAGUGGAGCAGUUAGGCCUUACCCGGAAAUGACUCCAACUACGUCACAAGAGCGACACCCACUGCAGCCAUACCUACAGUCAGAUGCCACCACCAGCGAACCGGAUACCUCACCGAGAACUGCAAACGAACAAAACUCCCUCGAACGAGUCGUCAAAGCGGGCUCGUUCACGGAUAACAUUAACUAAUUCCUUGCGAUAUGGAUAAACCAGAGGCAACAAGAACUUGAUAGAGACAGAGCUCCGAAACUCACAGAAGCGGAACUGACCAAAAUUAAAAAGUCCCACCGUUACAGCAAGCUAUCGGCAGCACGCCCCACUCAAAAGGCAGAGGGCCGACACAGACCUACUGCCACCCACUAGGUAAAAACGAGGCGAACGCAACAUCAUCCAGUCGAGUGACGGCGCCAUUUUGUCAGCGUCGUCUGCGUAGUUUAAGCUUUCACUCAAGUCUCUUCAUUGCAUUUAAAAGUAAAACCAGUGCUAAAGUGAAUACCAAUUUCGUUUUCAAAUAAGUUAUAUCAUCACUCAGUGGCGUUAUUCGAGCAA